CAACAAAUGCUCGCACUAGCCCUCCUCCCGCUGGUAUCAGGCCUCGCCGCCGCGGCCACCUGCUCGCCAGACACGGUGUCGUGCUCGCCCGAGUCGAAGGGCGCCGAUCCGUGCUGCGUCGCGUCGGCCGGGCUGUUCGUGUUCACACAGCGCUUCGAGCCGGACGAGGGCGACGGCGGCGCGUGGAGCAUCGACGGACUCGAGGUGUUGGAGUGUGACGGUUCGCCAGCGAAGCGCGCCGUCUCCCCCCGCAAGACACAUGAGCAGAUCGGCUCCGCGACCACCGUUAGCAAGAUUCUCGAUACGGAUGCUGCCGAGCGCGCGUGGGCGCAGAGCGAGGUCGGCGAGGGCGUCGAGGAGCUCUGGGAGCGGAGUUGGAACACCGCCGGCCGCUACGUCUCGACCAUCUGCGACGGCGACGUGUCACCCUUCUUCGCGGCCGUGUUCGACCUGCACAAGAGCAUUCCUACGGCGGAGCUGCUGAACAACGCUGAUAUCUCGCCGUCCGACGACACGACGUACGCGCUGGCCGACAUUAUUGGCGCGCUCUCGCACCACAACCACCAGCCGAUCUUGACAUGUGACGAGUCGACGCUGGUGUCUGUCUCGUGGCCGCUGCACGCCAAGGGCAAGCUGGCAAGCUUUGUUCCUGCGUCGAUUGGCCGCGAGUCGAGCUGCCCCGCCGAGGGGAUCAUCUACCCCCCAUCACUGGCCGUUCACGCGACCACGACAAAGUACACAUUUGACCCGAUCCACCGCCCCACUAUGAGGCCGAUCACUCUCAGCCACGACGAGAGCAGGCAGGUCAAGUACGACGAGGCGGAGGAGGCCAAGAAGGCCAAGAAGCUGGGCUUCUUCAAGGGCAAGCAGAAGGGCUCGUUGGGACGCAAGGACGAGCUCUAGGUGUAUAGAUUUGGACAGAUUUGGCAUGUAGAUGGG